AUGGCUAUGGUGGCGUGGAGAAACACCGAGGGCGUCGGGGACACUCAGGGGACCCUCUCCUCCCCGGUGUCCCAGAUCGCACCUCUGUCUCUACCCGGGGAGCUGACUGGACACAUGAACCAGGCGUCCUCUCUGGAAAUACCCCCGCCGUCAGCAGCACCCCAGGGUGCACCGCCACCCAACCCGUCCAGCUCCACCACCGCGUCCACCACCACUAACAACAACAACAGCAACAACACCUCCUCUUCCUCCUCCUCCUCCACCUCGUCCAUGGACAAACAGCAGAGCCAGCAGAUCGAGUGCAUCGUGUGCGGGGAUAAAUCCAGCGGGAAGCACUACGGACAGUUCACAUGUGAAGGAUGUAAGAGCUUCUUUAAACGCAGCGUCAGGAGGAACCUGAGCUACUCCUGCAGAGCCAACAGGAACUGUCCCGUAGACCAACACCACCGCAACCAGUGCCAGUACUGUCGCCUCAAGAAAUGCCUCAAAGUCGGCAUGAGGAGGGAAGCUUCUUGUGUUGUCGCAGCUGUACAGAGAGGCAGGAUUCCCACGCAGUCCUAUCACGGUCAGUUUGCUCUGACCAACGGAGACCCUCUUCAGUGUCAUUCCUAUCUGUCUGGUUACAUCUCUCUGCUGCUGCGGGCCGAGCCAUACCCGACCUCCAGGUUCGGCUCUCAGUGCCUCCAGAACAACAACAUCAUGGGUAUAGAGAACAUCUGUGAGCUGGCGGCCAGGAUGCUCUUCAGCGCCGUGGAGUGGGCCCGCAACAUCCCUUUCUUCCCGGACCUGCAGGUACCCGACCAGGUAGCUCUGCUCCGCCUCACCUGGAGCGAACUAUUCGUCCUGAACGCCGCUCAGUGCUCCAUGCCCGUACACGUCGCCCCGCUGCUGGCUGCCGCAGGCCUCCACGCCUCCCCGAUGUCCGCCGACCGUGUUGUUGCCUUCAUGGACCACAUCCGGGUCUUCCAGGAGCAGGUGGAGAAACUGAAGGUGCUGCACGUGGAUUCGGCGGAGUACAGCUGCAUCAAGGCCAUCGUGCUGUUCACCACAGAUGCUUGCGGUCUGUCAGACCUGGCCCACGUGGAGGGCCUGCAGGAGAAAUCCCAGUGUGCUUUAGAGGAGUACGUGAGGAGCCAGUAUCCCAACCAGCCGAACAGGUUUGGGAAGCUGUUGCUCCGCUUGCCUUCCCUACGCACCGUCUCUUCCUCUGUCAUAGAGCAGCUUUUCUUCAUCCGUCUGGUGGGGAAAACCCCCAUAGAGACUCUGAUAAGAGACAUGCUGCUGUCCGGGAGCAGCUUCAACUGGCCUUACAUGCCUAUUCAAUAG